UCGUUGGACGGCGCGGGGUAGCUUAAGCAUAAGGAGUUGAAUAACAAUAAAACGGGGACGAAAACGCAGGAUUCCGCACCGCAAAACAACCCCGAUCCAUCCGAAUGGAGGCGGCCAUCAACCCGUCUCUUGACAGCAGCUCUGUGGGAAUAGGGCUGUCUGUCAUGGGUGGGAUGGAGCAGAGUUCGGGCAAGCGUAUUCGGAAACCCUCACUGCUCUAUGAGGGCUUUGAGAGCCCGUCUCUGCCCCAUGUGCCUCCACCCCACGUGCCUCCACCCGGACCUCCUCCGCCCCAGCAGCCCCCGGUGACAGACCCCAGCCGGCAGGGGCGCUCCACCAAUCAGCUGCAGUUCCUCCACAAGGUCUUGGUGAAAGCGUUGUGGCGGCAUCAUUUCGCAUGGCCUUUCCAUGAACCCGUGGAUGCAGUCCGACUCAGCUUACCUGACUACCAUAAGAUCAUCAAACAGCCGAUGGACAUGGGCUCAAUCAAGAAACGACUGGAGAAUAACUACUACCGCAGUGCCGGCGAAUGCUUGCAGGACUUUAAUACCAUGUUCACCAACUGUUACAUCUACAAUAAGCCUACAGAUGACAUUGUGCUGAUGGCACAGUCUCUGGAGAAGGUCUUCUUGCAGAAGGUUGCCCAGAUGCCCCAGGAAGAGAUCGAGUUGCCCCCUCCUACCCCUAAAGGCAGAGGAGCAAAAACCAUCAAAGGACGUAGAGGCAGAGGAGGAGGAAGUGUUACGUCAGCUCACCAGGUGCCUGCCGUGUCUCAGUCAGCGUACUCUCCUUCCUCACCCGACACGCCAGAUUCCCGGUUUUCCACCCCUCCACAGACCCUGCUGAGCAACAGCGGCCCUCCCCCACCGCUGAUGACCCCACCACCCACCCAACCCACCGCAAAGAAGAAGGGUGUGAAGCGUAAAGCCGACACCACCACUCCUACCACACUCGGCUUCCCCGUGACCGCAGCUGCUCGGAUGGGAGGCAUGGGGAAAGGUCACGGAUCGGCCGGAGAGAUGCCCCACUCGCUCUCCUCAAUGCCCAUGGACUGUUCACCCAGUUUGGGCGUGAACGAGUCCACCCACCUCCAGCCCAUCUUGGGGCGCCCGCUGUCCCGUCGUCCAAUCAAACCUCCCCGUAAGGACCUGCCCGACUCCGUGCGGCCCCAUCAGCCCUCGCGGCGUGGGAAACUAAGCAAGCAGCUUCGCUACUGCAGCGGCGUCCUUAAAGAACUGCUGUCUAAAAAACACGCGGCGUACGCCUGGCCCUUCUACAAACCCGUGGACGCGUCAACGCUGGGCCUGCACGACUACAACGACAUAAUCAAACAUCCCAUGGACCUCAGCACCAUCAAGAGGAAGAUGGAUGAGCGCGAGUACAGAGACGCCCAGCAGUUCAGCGCUGAUGUCAGGCUCAUGUUCUCCAACUGCUACAAGUACAACCCACCUGAUCAUGAUGUGGUCGCCAUGGCACGAAAACUGCAGGACGUGUUUGAGUUCCGCUUCGCAAAGAUGCCUGACGAGGUUUCAGAGGAGGAGGAAUUGUCUCCCAUGCCAUUAGGCCGGAACAUGGGCAUUUUGGGAAUGCACCACUCCUCCUCUUCAUCCUCGUCUUCCUCCUCUUCAUCCUCCUCUUCAUCCUCGUCGGAGAGCGAGCCGAGCAGUGACAGCGAGCCGAGCAGUGACAGCAGCCCGAGCUCUGACAGUGAGGAGGAGAGAGCUCAACGCCUGGCCCAACUGCAGGACCAGGUGUGUACUCAGCUCAGAGCGGUACAUGAGCAGCUGGCAGCCCUCUCCUCCGGCCCGAUUGUUAAACCCAAAAGGAAACGAGAGAAAAAGAAAGACAAGAAGAAGAAAAAGAAGCCUGAGAAACGCAGAGGAAGUCGAAGUUUGAUGAGUGAUGAGCGGGACAAACCUGCCAAACUGCCUAAAAGCAAAUCCAGCCGUGCUUCACUGUCAUCCACACAGAGCAAGAAAGGCCCUGCGAAGAAAAGCAGCAAGAACAAGAACACAAAGAAAUCAUCCUCAUCUCGUUUCGCGGCAGCCCCUGCCAUCUCCUUACCACACUACGACUCUGAGGAGGAAGAGGACGGUCUUCCCAUGAGUUACGACGACAAGCGGCAGCUCAGCCUGGACAUCAACAAGCUGCCCGGGGAGAAACUGGGCCGUGUGGUGCACAUCAUCCAGUCACGGGAGCCCUCGCUGCGCGACACCAACCCAGAGGAGAUCGAAAUAGAUUUUGAAACGCUGAAGCCGUCCACGCUGCGUGAGCUGGAGCGAUAUGUUAUGACCUGCCUGCGCAAGAAGCCCCGCAAUCCGAACGUGGUGAAGAAGGGAGGAGGUGGGAAGAGCCGAGAGGAACUGGCUCUGGAGAAGAAGAUGGAACUAGAGAGGAGGUUACAGGAUGUGAGCGGACAGCUGAACUCUGCCAAGAAACCCCAGAAACCCAAAGUGGAGAAGCCCAGUGGCGCGGAGCCUCAUGCCAUGGCGUCACGUCUCAGCGCCAGCAGCUCCAGCUCGGACUCCUCCUCAUCGUCCUCCUCCUCCUCCUCAUCUGACACCAGUGACUCGGACUCCAGGUGAAGAGGACUCUGGGAAGGCACAGGAAGUGGGCUCAGAGCUGCGGCCUGCCGUACAGACACCUUGUUUUCCGUGCCUCCUGAAUCCAGGAACUGUGUUUACUUCAGUGUAAAAAAAUGUAUAUACUAGGAUUUUUUUUCUUUUAUAAAGAAGACUUUUACCAAGAUGCCCAUAAUGGGAAAGAGUGCGCAAUCAUAACUACUUUUCUUAGUUGACAAAAUUGCUUGUUGUUUUGUUUUGCUUCCAUUUUGACCGUUUAAUUUAGUCUUGAAACAUUUCUUGCUUCUUUUUGCAUUGCUUUAAAGAUCAGGGCAAGUAUUUAGAUCUCUUUGAGCAACCAAAACUUGCAUGAAGGUUUAGAAAGGACCUUCAAUGGGGAAAUGAGAAAGAAAAUUAAGAACUACUUUGGAUUUGCAUUGGCUUUAAAAAUGCUUAGGUUUUCACGCUGCGAUGCACUGGACUGUUUUGGGAUUUAUGUACGUAUGAUAUUAUUCUGAAUAGUUCAGUAACUUUCCAUAUGGCUUCGCAAUUUGCUCUAGUUUAAUUUUGCUAUUGCUUUGAUCUGUAAGAAGUGGAUUUAAUUUGACAUUUUUUACAUGAUCGAAUCAAUGUUAAAUGACACUUUUUGUCAUCUGUGAAAUUGUAGUGAUAAUAUUCAUUGAAAAUGAACAGCCAUAACGCCUCACUGGACUGGAGGAGAUGGACUGAAUUGAUUCAUGAGCACUAGAGAAACGCUGCUAGAUUCAGUGGUUUGAAUGAGUUAAGUUGAAUGUUAACUUGAGAGAUCUGGUUUGUAGAUGAGACUAGAGGAAUCGCAUUUAAGCAAUAGACUGUCAUUUAUUUCUUGUAUAUAGAGUCCAUAAUACCAUGCUGCUUUCUCGUUUGUAUUUAUUUGCAUUGCUCUAACCUCUCUUUUCUAGAAUAUUCUUUUUGAAUAUAUAAGACACAUGGCAGAUCAUUGUGACCUAAUAUUCCCUAUCUGCAGUAUAAUUAAGAGUUUAUGCGCUCUGGAUUAUACGUUGGUUUCUAUUUGGAUGGAAAUACAAAUACAACAAGUGAAUGGUG